CGGGAAUCGUUCGAGUUUAAGUGCCCCUAUCGGCUAAUACAUAAACGCCAUCCAAAAAUUUCCCAUGCUUUCCCUGGAAAUGGGAGAUGCCAAAGGUUAAGUUUCGAGACAAAAGCUACAGGUUCCGUGGAAGGAAACGUAGUCGACAAAGAGUCAGCUGGUACCAGUGAAAAGAUAGACUAUGGAGUUGUCGGUAUGCACCAUGUUGGUAUUCUAUGUGAAAACCUUGAAAGAUCUCUUGAAUUUUAUCAGAAUGUUUUAGGUCUUGAAAUAAAUGCUGCUAGGCCACAUGAUAAGCUUCCAUAUAGAGGUGCUUGGUUGUGGGUGGGUUCGGAGAUGAUUCAUUUGAUGGAACUCCCAAACCCAGACCCCUUAACCGGAAGACCUGAACAUGGAGGCCGUGACCGUCAUGCCUGUAUUUCAAUUCGAGACGUAUCUAAGCUGCAUGCAAUCCUUGACAAAGCUGGUAUUCCCUCAACACUUAGCCGAUCCAGGAGGCCAGCAAUUUUCACAAAAGAUUCAGAUGCAAAUGCUCUAGAAUUCACAUAAGUUUGAUGCACGAGGUGUAUUAGCAUUCAAAACCUGGAUUUCUUCAUAGAUGGUAUCCCAGGUCCCUUUUUCUCUCAGGAUCCAGAUCAUGUAUAUAAUAAUAGAAAAUGCCAAGGAUUUACAUUUUGAAUUAUAUUCUAAGACAGCUUAUAAAUAGAAAAAUCUUUAUACUAG